AUCACUCGUUGUACAUGUACUUGUACCCCACAACACCCCCUCACUCAGACUUUGGCCGGCCCAUUUUCGAUGGCAAUUCUUUCGACAACGCAUCUAGUUCGAUCUAGUUGUCGCUAACGGUGGAGCAGUCAUUACAAAGCUCUAGGUCGUCCAAAACUGAAUAGCAUCAACAUGCGAGCCUUAAUAGGGCUCAUAUACGGCUGUCUCGGGCUUACGGCGUGGGUGACGGGUGCCCCGCCGCCCCAUUGGCCGCUAGCCUAUCAAGUGAUGGGCACGAUUUCCAUUCCCUUUGCUGAGAUCGAAGAGCCUUUCGCCGCUUUCUUUGAUGCUCAAAAAGGCCAGAGUCGCAUUGAUUAUUAUGGUGGCAUGGACCGCACGUUUCAACGCCGAGAUAUUGGCGAUUUUGGCACGAGCUUCAAGAUUGUGCCCAUGGCCGACGAUCAUCUAUCGAAUGCCAUUCGAUGCUUCCAGACCAAUGGCAGCCAAGCGGAGCCCAUUGAACCGCAAGCCAUCUUGCCCGAUCUGGCCGAAUUCGAGUUCAAAGGCGAUGAUUUAGUGGAAGGUGUGACUUGCCAGAAAUGGCAACGCCUGGUUAAGUUUGAUCACAAAGUGAACAAAUACACCAUGUGGAUUCGCAUGUUGGGAUCGCCUUUGGAUCCCACUUUGGGCGUUCCCGUGCCCGUUCGUUACGAAAUGAAAGGAUUCAACUCGUUGUUGGGCUCUCACUUCGAUCAUUAUUAUUUGGUUUACAUGAAUUACUCACCCGAAGCCCCGGCUAGUCGGAUUUUCGACGAGUACACCAAAUAUGGCGCCUGCACCGGAUGGCCGGGACCUGGCGUUGCUCACGAGGUCUAUGUGAUGAAUCCGGCUAAAGAGUUCGUGGAUCCCCAUGAUGGACACGUGGACGCGGCCUUUGAUCACUUCAAGAUGCAUCACGACAAGACCUAUGACAACGAGAAAGACCACGACAAUCGGAAGGACAUUUUCCGCCAAAACAUGCGAUACAUUCACUCCAAGAAUCGAGCCGGUCUCUCGUACAAAUUGGAGUCCAAUCACCUGUCCGAUUGGACCUCUUCCGAGAUGAAGAUGCUCCGAGGGAAAUUAUACACCCCCGGUUACAAUGGCGGACAAGCAUUUACGUACACGGCCCAUGAGUCCGCAUCCGCCCCUGACGCCCUCGAUUGGCGACUUUAUGGAGCCGUGUCGCCCGUGAAGGACCAGUCCAUUUGCGGCUCCUGUUGGUCAUUUGGAACGGCUGGAACCUUGGAGGGGACACUCUUUCUGCAAACCGGCGAAAUGAUCCGGUUAUCCCAACAAUCCCUGAUGGACUGCUCGUGGGGCUUCGGCAACAACGGCUGUGACGGCGGAGAAGAUUAUCGGGUCUAUAAAUUCAUGAUGGCUCAUGGUGGAAUUCCUUCCGAGGAGGACUACGGGCCAUAUCUGGGAGCUGACGGAUAUUGCCAUUUCAAGGAUAUACCCAAGAAGUACCUGCCCAUUUCGGGAUAUGUGAACGUCACCUCGGGCGAUAAUGAGGCCUUGCGAGUGGCCCUGGCCAAGCAUGGGCCCAUCUCGGUGUCCAUUGAUGCCAGUCAUAAGAGCCUUUCGUUCUACAGCAGUGGCGUCUACUACGAACCGAAAUGUACGAGUGUGGAAGAAGGUUUGGAUCAUUCGGUUCUGGCCGUUGGCUAUGGUGAGAUGAACGGCGAGAAAUACUGGUUGAUUAAGAACUCGUGGUCGACGCAUUGGGGCAACGAUGGGUACAUUCUGAUGAGUCAGAAAGACAACAACUGUGGAGUGGCG